AUGGAAAGAAACGAGGCAGCCUCUUCACUUGCAACGACAUCCGAGAACAGAAGACGACUACAACAGCACAAUCAUAGUCGCAACAACCAUUUUAACAAUAGACGACGUAGCAUUGUAACUAUUAACGUUAACAACAGGAAUGUUACCAACAACCACCUUAACAAUAGUCUUAACGUGGAAGACACCGGCAGCAAUAACGCCACAAGGGCGUCGUCUUUGGUGUCUUCCUCGGUAAACUCGUCAUCGAGAGAGUCGAGUAUUGAAGCGGUUGCAAGUUCAGCGGCAAUAGAAACUUCUCGCGCAUCAAUUUCCUCGUCAUCAUUAUCGAAUCAAGGAGAAGUUGCUACUUCGCCAUCACAUCAUUCAAUGCCAUCAAUAACAACGAAUAUCAAUAGAAGAAAUAGUUCACCAGUGUACACGUUCGCAGAUGCUCCUUAUGCGCCAAAUCCGUACAUCGAGCCAUCUUAUUUGAAUGGGAUAUAUUCACCAUUUGAUAAUGCGUCUACUACGGUAACAGUAGGAACAUCAACAGCACCUACAUCAUCUUCACAUACUCAAUCACCAAUAAUAUCUACAACCUUAUCACAAUUCUAUUCCCCGACAUCGCCAUCCUACUCACCGACAUCGCCAUCCUACUCCCCCGUAGCUCCUAGCUUCUCACCCACUUCUCCUAACUAUACACCCGCUUCUCCUUCAUAUUCAUCAAUGUCUCCUCCGUACUCGCGAUUCACGCUACUUUCAUCACCGCCAUACGCGUCAAACGUUAGUCCACCAUACAACCCAAAUUCGGCUAGUUUCUUUAAUAACAAUAGUAAUAAUAGUCACGAAUCUACACCGUCAUAUCAGCCUACCUCUUACUUGAACUCGCCGAACUAUCGACCUAAUUAUACAGCAAAUUACGAAUCUUCGACUACGGCGUCUUCACCCGCUUAUCAGAGUUUCUCAGUGACGAGUAGUAAUAGUAGUAGUCCUUCAUUUAGUGGCAUUUCAUCGAGUUCUGUGAGGUCGACGUCAUCUUCGUUGGCACCAUGGCAACCUCAUAUUUCUCAUAGACCACCAAGAUCUGCGUCUUCGCAUAUUCAACGACAGCAAACCCAGAAAUUAAUUGAACGAUAUUUCAAGCAAUUACAACAAGGAUGUGGUAAGAAACCUGAUUGCCCGAAUAUCUAUUGUGCCUCAAAUCUUAAUGUUCCACGACGUGACCCUAAUGAGGCCGCUGCGUUAGCUGUCACUCUUGCACGGAAUGGAAAUUCACAUAUUUGUGCAAACUUAUUAAAUGAUGAGAAUUCGAGCAAACGUAAUAAAUUACGUAAAGUGUUUGAAUUACCAUUUGAAAGUCUCGAGCUCUCUAAACUGGAGAUGUUGAUUGAAAAUGGUAAACUUUCACAUCUGAAAGACAGCAUCAUUAAUGUGUUCAGCAAUAGUAGUCGUUUGGCUAAUAGCUUCAAGCAGGUGAAUUCUGAAUUUAAAGAAAAAUGCCCGGUUGAUAUUGAAGAAAUUCGGCUGGCUUAUCAUUUAAUGAUACAUAAGUGUUCGGAUUCUAAAGUAAAAGAAGCUACACUUUCGGGCACAGCUUCCCUACUAAAAAAAUUCAAGAGUGGAUAUGAGACUGUAAAGAACGAGAUUUUGCAUAUAUUUAUCACAAUAUUACAGAAUCCAUUACUAAUGGACCCAGCAAGUCACGCAGAAGUAAUGCCCCUCCUGGUCGACAUUCUCGCAAAUCUAACAUCCAGCAAAAAGCAGAUUCUAAGCAAAUACCUUAUUGCCGAACGACCACCCACCAAAAAACAUAAUGACGAAUUAAUAUACAAGAGAUCCGGUUGCACAGAAUCAGCACAAGACAUGUAUUAUUAUGUUAGUUUAUUUCAACAUUUUAUCACGCUGCGGCUGCUUUCAAGCACUGUCACUCCGAAUAAAGAUGAGGCCGUGAUGGAUGCGACAAAGUGUCUGGAUAUUUUAUAUAAAAUUAAUGACGAGAAGAAAAUAAUACCGUUUUCAGAGUUCUACAAUGACGCGGUAAACGAACAGAUUGAGAUAAAAGAAGACCUUCCACCAUAUAAGCAGCGAGAUGGAUUCUCGUUCUGUGAUUAUCCGUUCAUACUGAAACCGGUGAUUAAGGCAAAUAUUUUGAAAAUUGAAAGUAUGGUGCAAAUGCGCCAUGAAUUACAGGAUACAUUCUUUAGGGCAAUGUUUAUUGGUGUCUCUUCUCCUUACCUAGUAUUGGAGAUUCGACGAGAUUUUAUAAUUAGAGAUGCUUUAUCUAAUCUUGAAUCAAAAGCUCCACAAGACCUAAAAAAACAAUUGAGAGUACAAUUUGUGGGCGAAGAAGGAGUAGACGAAGGCGGCGUACAGAAAGAAUUCUUUCAGUUAGUAGUUCGUGAGAUGUUUGAUCAAAAAUACGGCAUGUUUAGUCAAAACGAAGAAUCUCGAUUAUGUUGGUUCAAUCAAAGCACCUUUGUAGAAGAAAGUCUAGACGAAUAUAAAUUAAUAGGUCGACUUUUAGGACUGGCAAUCUACAAUUCUGUUAUUCUGGAUGUGCAUUUCCCGAUUGCACUUUAUCGUAAAUUAAAGAAUCAGCCAGUUAAUUUGCAGGAUUUGAAAGAAUUGGAUCCGACCCUAGGCAAAGGAUUGGAACAGUUAUUGACGCUAGAUGAUGAUGUCGAAUCCACAUACAAUCGAACAUUUCUGAUAGACUACGAGACUUUUGGGCAGCGGUAUACACAUGAGCUUAAACCCGAAGGCGCAGAAAUCAAACUCACGAAUGAAAAUCGGGAAGAAUUUGUUUCACUCUUUGUUGAUUUUUGGUUAAAUAAAUCUGUCGAGAGGCAGUUUAAUGCGUUCAAAGAAGGAUUUGAUCUUGUGUGUGGGGAGAGUGCUGUACAGUUGUGCCGUGCCGAGGAAGUAGAACUCUUAGUGUGUGGUAGCCCUGAUUUUGAUUUUGAAGCACUGGAACAAAUCACACAUUAUGACGGCGGGUAUUCAAAAUCUUCGCCAGUGAUAAGGUUUUUUUGGGAGGUCGUCCACUCAUUCACAGAAGCACAGAAAAAGAAAUUAUUGUUCUUCACUACAGGGAGCGAUAGAGUUCCUAUUGGUGGUUUAGGGAAAUUGAAUUUUGUGAUUGCGAAAAAUGGCGGCGAUUCUGAUAGACUACCUACUUCUCACACGUGUUAUAAUGUGUUAUUACUACCUGAAUAUAAAACCAAAGAGAGACUCAAAGAUCGGUUAUUGACCGCAAUAAACAAUUCGGAAGGGUUUGGGUUAAUAUGA